AAGGUUUGUAGAGGGGCUCACUCUUUAGCUGCCUGUACGUGGCUUGAGUUUGAAAGUUUGAACUUGUGAACAGCUGAGUUUCCACCCCCAGGUUGAUUAUAUUUCCAGCCCCACGAGGAACUUCACACGAACGGAAGUGCGCUCCGCUUUCAAAAGUCGCUGGACUUUUGCAACUUCUUUUUUUUUUUGGCAAGAAAUGGUAGGUAGUUUGAACUUGCCAAAUGUUUGCGAAGGAGACCCUCUGGGUAUGAGCUGCAGCAGCAGGGCUGAGAGGGGACUAGACAGCCCGGACUCCGGGCUCCCUCCGAGCCCCAGCGCCUGGCUGCAGCCCGCCAGCUCCGACAAGACCGGCGGGGUGAGCCCGGUGUCCGAGGACGAGGGAAGCGGCUCCAUGGUUUCAGUCCUACCAGCUGGAAGUUUACCACACCUACAGCCACUGUCCUUCGGAGAAGGCAUAGCUCUCGAUCCAUUACCAUCCAAGGAACUGAGAUACACGUCGUUCGUGAACUAUGACUCGGAUCGUCACUUCAUCCAGAACGUGGACCUGCAGCCGUUGGGCCGGGGCCUCCAGCGCUGCAGGCAGACCGUCGUGGCCGUCCCCCACAGCACCUGGCGUCGCUACAAGACUCAGCUGGAGUUUGAGCCACGCCUCCGCCCCCACAGCUUCAAGAGCACCGCCAUCAUCUACCCCAAGAGAACCAGCGAAGUCUACAUGACGGAGCUGAGCUACGACUCCCGCCGGCUGCGCAGGCGCUUCCUGUCGAGCGUGGAGCUGGAGGUGGUCGGCAGCAGGAGGCUGCCUCAGUGA